UCACAAAAGACGACACAUUCAAGCGUGAAAACGAUCUGUGCAUCAUUGUUCUUUAGUCACAACAGCUAUUUAGACGGUAUUUCGGCGCGCUCUCUGAUAAAUUAAGUCAAAUAACACAAUCAAAUUAAUAAAAAGUGUAAAAAGAAUUCAUAAAAUGAAUGCAUUACUUGCAUCGACCUCGCCAUCAUUAGAUGUCCGAUAUCCAGUUGUACGACUAUCGCGUAAAGUGGUAGAGGAUUUCUUAGAAAGCCAUACAGUUCCGCGAUUGAAUUCACAGGGCCAAAAUACUGUUGAUGACAUGGAACGCAGCGGCAGUUCAACUAAUCAACGCAAAAACAAUGGCUUCAUUCCGGACUCUGAAGUCUACAAUUCGCGCAACAUGCAACCGGUCAUUCUAUUGGAACAAUUGAAAAAAUCUCAAAUGCCAACGAAUGUAUCGAACAAAGCAUCGACAUCGAAAAUACGGUCAAAGAAAGCACCCGUCGGGCGUAAGCGCCAAACACGAUCCUCUCGGCCACAAUUUGUUUUGCCGCCAAGCAAAAAAUAAACGAAACUACAUUAUUCAUUAUAAAAUGUAAAAAACAUAACAUAACCUAAAAAGAAACGAUCAAAUUGAUAGAAUUUUCUAAAUGAUUUGAUCGACGUAAAUAAAUUGAUUUCACUUUCACAUUUUGAGAAUUGAA